AUGGCAGCCUCGUACGGGUGCCGCGCCACGGCAUUCGACGGGGCUGCACAGGUACUCGUCUUCUUGCGGGCCUCGAUCGCAAUGAAUCCAGGGAUGGAGAAGCAGAUCGAAGUCACCAACGCCGUCAUCUCAACUCAGUCAGGAAACAUGUCCUUCAACGGGUGGGAGAUAACAAACACCGCAGUGGCCAACAAUUUCGCGACAAACGCCGACGGAUACGUGCCGUCGAUUCGCUUGGAGGACGCUGUGGAUGGAGCGUUCUACCUCAAGGUCGACGUGGAGGGGCACGAACCGGAGGUCUACCGCGCAGCGACGAGACUCAUCAAGGGCCAGAAAGUGGUGCACUCGCUUUUUGAGUUUACAUACUACACGGACGAUCUGGGGUGGAACGACGGCUACGUCGAAACCUUCGACAUGUUUUUGUCCGCAGGAUAUGCCUGCUUCGACGUGGAACGUCUGACCACUGUUGGAAAGGAGAUCUUGGAGCAUGGCGCUAUGCAGGAAAUUUAUCCUUGCGGCGAGGGCCUCCCGUACUGCCAAACCAACAUUUUGUGCACCCUGGAUGCAGCUUCUUUGCCCACCUUAGCAACUAUAGCUCACAAAAGUCAUCGGACUGGGGUGUGA